AUGGUUUCUACUACAAGCAGAGCACGAACUCCGAGUGCUGGCUCCUCCCCAUCACAUGGGGCCGAGAGAUUAGCAGGAAUCCCAGAAAACGGAAAGAAUAAUAAUAAUCCCAACCCACCUCGUCACUCCAGUCUCGGAUUCUUACUUCGUCGAACCAAGUCGGGAAAUUUAAGUUCGAAGAAUAAGAAAGAAUUGGCUCAAGUGCAAGAGCAAGAGCGAGAGAGACUCCUUCGCGAAGCAGCUGCGAUUCCCAGAUCUCCACCUCGUCUUCCCGAUCUUGCUGAACCUACACAUUUUCCAUCGUUUGGUGGUGAAGAGAGACCGGAUUCGGCGACUUCUGGAAAUAGUGGUCACGGUGCACGAAGUUCUUCAAUGGAUCCUCAGGGUAGAUCAUACACAAUGAGUAGCAGCGUGCCAGUUCCUUCAAUUCCUUCAGGGGUUAAGAAUGGUGGAUAUGUUGAUCCGUAUGCGAGAACAGAGAGCAUGACGCAUCGUGGAAGAUAUAGCUAUGCAAGCAGUGCAGUAAGCACAAUUAAUAGUCCUCGCAGAGUGCGAAGACGCAAAGAUCCUACUCCAUUCAAUGUCCUCAUUAUUGGCGCACGCGGUGCUGGCAAGACAUCUUUCCUCAAUUUCCUCAAAACCUCCCUCGCUCUACCUCCUAAGAAGAGAUCGAAACCCGAACCAUUGGCAGAAGAUAUAUUUGCUCCGCGCACCUCGAAGUCGGGAAAAUUCCUUUCGCAUUAUCUCGAGGCGGAAAUCGAAGGUGAACGUAUCGGCUUAACAUUGUGGGAUUCGGAGGGCUUGGAUAAAAAUGUCGUUGAUCUUCAGCUACGAGAGAUGUCUUCGUUUCUCGAAAGCAAAUUCGAGGAAACUUUCACGGAAGAGAUGAAAGUCAUGAGAGCUCCCGGUGUUCAAGAUACGCACAUUCAUGCCGUAUUUCUCAUUCUCGAUCCUACACGUCUCGACCAAAAUAUCGAAGAUUCGAAGAAUGUUACAACAAACGGAAAUGGACAUUUUGGAUCAUUUGGAUCAGGACCUCGUUUAUUUGGCAGUCUUGAUGAAGAUCUGGAUUUACAAGUUCUUCGCACAUUGCAAGGAAAAACCACAGUUAUUCCGGUCAUUGCAAAAGCCGACACUAUCACAACGGCCCACAUGACGUACCUGAAGAAGACAGUGUGGGAUAGUUUGCGCAAAGCCAACCUUGACCCACUAGAAGCACUCGGACUAGAUGAUGAACCCGAAAGCCCAAUUAUCGGCUCCAACCGCAUCGACGAAAGAGAUGAAGACCCUUCCGAUGAUGAACGUGUUUCGGGCUCGGGUGGCUCUCCCAAUUCCAAGCGCCAUUCUACGGGUUCCAUUCGUCGCCAUAAGCGCGAAUCAGAAAUCAGCGAGAUUCCAUAUCUACCCCUCUCAAUCAUCAGUCCGGAUAUGUAUGAACCUGAUGUUAUUGGACGUAAAUUCCCAUGGGGUUUUGCGGAUCCGAUGAAUGUUGAACAUUGUGAUUUUGUGAGAUUGAAGGAAGCAGUAUUUGCGGAAUGGAGAGGCGAAUUGAGGGAGGCGAGUCGGGAGCUUUGGUAUGAGGGGUGGAGAACUAGUCGGCUUAAGGAAAGGGAGGGCAUGGCUAGACGAUGA